CUCGUCCCAGGUGUGGCACGGGCUAACAGGUAGGUUGCUCUCGUGCGGCGGGCUGCGGACGUCGUUAUUCUCCUGCUCUUCUGUAGAACUGCCACAGUUGUGUGGAAGAAAGGGGGGACGUGAGUGAUUUGUUUGGGGCGUAGGAAGGAAGUUUCUCGCAGGAAAAAGCAAUGAAAGGGCUAUAAUUAUCUCUAAGUGCUCUCUUUUUUUGUUUUUUUUUUGUUUCUUCCGACUUCGCAGAGACGGUCGGGUUGAAGACGGGACUCCUCCGGGGUUGUCUGGAAAUAUGGAAGAAUGAUGCUGAAAGCGUUAUUUGUACAGUAUUUCAUGUUGUAGUCUAGUAAAGUGUGUGAGCUUGUGCACUCUUCUUGCGCGGACACUGAACUGUUUGAAUUAGUCGGGUCAAUAUUUAUGCUUUCGGGACCGCUGGGAGCCAUCUGCACUCUUCCUGUUGAAGGUUUAGGACCGAAGCAGUGAUGGAUGACAUCGACCUCGAGCAGCAGGAGCCGUUUCCUGUGGACCGAGAUGGGAGGCGGUUCAGGGGCGAAGAGGACCAGCCUGAUGGUGACAGGAAGAUGGGAUGUUGUGAGAAGUUCCAGCAGUCUGUCUCCACAUGGAUGCUUCCAGAGCACGACCGCAGCAAGUACCUUGAACGGGCCAACUGCUGCCCACCUCCCAUCUUCAUCAUCCUCAUCAGUAUGGCAGAGUUGGCAGUGUUUAUCUACUACGCUGUGUGGAAGCCUCAGAAGCAGUGGGUGACCCUGGAUGAAGGCAUCUGGAACAGUCCUCUCACAUACAAGCCUGAGCGCAGGCAGGAAGCAUGGCGCUUUAUCUCCUACAUGUUUGUCCAUGCCGGUGUGCAGCACAUUGUGGGCAACCUGGUGGUGCAGCUACUGCUGGGCAUCCCGCUGGAGCUGGUCCACAAAGGAUUCGAGGUGGGAAUGGUUUACAUGGCAGGCGUCCUGGCAGGCUCUUUGUGCAGCUCCAUCUUUGAUCCUCUCAGUGCCUUGGUGGGAGCUUCUGGGGGUGUUUAUGCCCUAAUAGGAGGCUAUUUUAUGAACGCAGUGGUGAAUUUCCGAGAGAUGAUUCCUCUCCUUGGAGUGUUUCGUAUCCUCGCCAUAGUGAUAUUUGUUGGCACAGAUUUUGGAUUUGCCUUCUACAGAAGAUUUGUCAUCAACGAGGCUGGUUUGAACGUGUCCUUUGUGGCUCAUUUUGGAGGAAUUGCGGCCGGGAUGACCGUCGGUUACGUCUUCUUCAGCGCUUACAACAAGAAGCUACUCAAAGACCCACGUUUCUGGUUGUGUAUAGUGGCCUAUAUAGUGUUUGUGCUGUUUGCUGUGCUCUUCAACAUCUUCCUCACCCCAGUAUCAUAGGGAAUAAAGCUGCACUCACCAACCUUUUUAAAAGUCAACACCAGAAGCCUUAAUGUCACUCAGGAAGCUGUACUUUUACUGAUGUGUUUCAGAGCAAAUUUUUAGUUUUGGGAACAUUGUGAAUGUAGGUUUUUAUUUUACUUCUUCUAUUUAGGGCUGAAUUUGUGAGUUGAAGUGGAAGCGCGCCUCCUGCUGUUUAUGUGUAGCAUUGCAAAAGGCACAUUUUCACUUUUAGACAAUGUUGAGGAAAACCAUUAAUAAUUUACUGAACUGAAUCAAACUAAUUUUCUUUACACUGACUGUAACUUAUAUGUCUCUUAUCCCAGAUAUGAUUCUGUGUUUGACUGUUUUGUUUUAUAAGGUUUUUAUAUCUUUUUGUACUUUUCAUGAGUAUCAGGAAAUCAAUGAAGACACUGGUCCUAUUUUAUGUCAUUGUCAACAGAAAAUAAUGCGCUGACUGUUUGAUUGAAUAUUUUUAUGCUAUUAUGGACUCAAAGGGACUUUCAGUAUUCAUGAAAUGUGCCUUAAAAUGGCGGCGAAAUCCCUUACAGAGUUUUCUCUUCUCAGGAAAAAAAGGGAUGAAUGUCCAAAAUGUUGGUGUUUUCCCUUCCUUGUGUAAGCAACAGAGCUGGUUUACCAUCAGGCCUUGGCUUAAUGCCCCAUUAUUGUUUCAGUCACAUCCUGUUGAUAGGACGUGACUGAUUACAUGUUGUAAAACUGUUGAUUCAAUCUACUUAUUGUUUUAUUAAUCUUGGAAAAACAAAACUUUGCAAACAUCCAUCUUUUGGAAACACAGUCUACUUUAAUUUGUUAGUAAAAAUAAAUAGUGGUUGAUAUCAUACAAUACCCCUACUGAAUACUGAAGGGAAAGUUUGAAUGUUAGAUGUAGGUUAUGGUUUAGUAACAGUACAUUUUCUAUUCAAUAAGUCUAUAAAUGAAACCUCUGUAAUAUCACUGUUUGUUUGGCUGUAAUUCAUAAACAGAUCUUAUUGUAGAAAAUAAUAUAAUAAUACUUAAUUUAUCUAAGAUUAGAGGUAAGCUAUGACCAAAGACCAAACAGAGACUGUAUAUACUUGUUUUUAUUGCAUUUUCACAGAUCAGUGUUUAAAGUAUUUUAAAUAAAAUUUGAUGUUUUUUUUUUUAUGAAAUUCAUGUUUUUUGUUUAAAUCUGAACUUCUGCAGAAGCAGGAUGAGAGUAAUGAUUUUGUCUGGUGAAUAUAUACAGAGUUAAGAGUACAUUUCCAAUGGUUGUCCAAUUCAUUUUCAAUAACAGAUAAAACUGUGUGCAGCAGUCCGCUGUUUGAUGGGGACUCCAUGAAAGCGACUGUUCCUUUUGUUAUUUUACAGUAUGGAAAGUUCCAUGGUUUCUAAACUUGGCUCAUCAAUAUAACUGAGGGCAUCAAUAUUCAAUUAUCAUGAGCUUGUUUGCCUUGACUGUAAAACAUUGGGAAAUGGUAUGUUGCCUUAUGUAGUACAGCCGUCAAAACAUCUGAUGUUAUUAGACGGUACUGCUGAAACCUCAACAUCUGCAAGGUUUCACUUUUUGUGUAUUGAAUUAAACAUCUGCUGCUAUUGCUGUAGUGUUUAUUUAUAUAAUGUAUUAUUCAUAUGAUCAUAUUAAAGAGUUAAUGGGGAACAUGCUGUAAAAUACUGACAAUAACACUGUAGGUUUCUUCAUUUGGUUUAGUUAUGUCCAAAGGUCCUAAAAAAAAACAAACAGAUACAGCACCAGCUUGGGGUCUUGCACUUCAUUAAAAGUUGCAGUUCAUAAAGCAAAAUGAACAAUUGUACAAAAUAUAAUUGUAUUCUUUUAGACCAGCAAUACUGGAUUUGUGCCAACGUGACAUAAAAAUAAUUUGAUAUGGUUUUGCCACAAAAUAAAUUCAAUAAUCUAAUUUCAAA